AUGCUUCCAGAACCUGGAUGUAGAACUGGAGCACAGGAGCUGGAUGCUGGACUCCCGGUCAUUGCGUUCUACCAUGCCAACCUGCAUCCGAGAGGGAGUCGGUUUGUUCAUGUUUGCACACGCAGUGGCAGGUCGCCAAUUGCGGGCCUUUCCUCAGGUUGGCUGCGAGGGGAGAUAUUGCAGAAAGCGGAUCGCUCUGACCACGUUCUGGUUCGGUUUGCAGGCCCAUUCCAAGAUCCGCUCGCCGGCUUUGCCGAGACGCUGGACAUUCCGGUCCCGCACGCUCUGGUGAGGAGAGCUGAUUCCGUGCUCGGUGCAGACGAAGACCGUGCUGUACAUGAUCGAUGUCCCAAAGUGUGGACAAGGAAUUCGCGACCGUGUCAGCAACCGCUGCUGUCCGUACUGCUGCUGCGUUGGUGGGACUAUCGAGCCAAUUCCACGUGGUCGGACUUCGCAGUCACAAAUGACGGUAUGCUUCGGGAUCUCAUGGAUGGCGAAUGUGGGGUUUUCCCAUCGCUUGCUGGAGAGUUUGAGCUCUACACCGUCUUCGUGCAACGGUCGGCCGACUUAGAGACCUUGUCAGAGAACUGGGCCCAAGCAGUUCUGGCAGGGAUCAACCAAGUCGUGUGGUAUUUCUUGUGGCCCUGCCCGCGCUCAGACGCAGACCAAGUUGCAGGGUGUGUGAGGGAGCAUAGCUUUUUUCAACUGCAGCAGCGCAUGGAGAGGGUUGGCUUGCGCAGUGGCUGGCCACAUCCAUCCAUGUUGUACUGUCAGCUUGCCGGGAAGCUAUGGAUUCCACAGAUGAGCUUGAACAGGGACUACAGGGUCCCACCCACGGUCCGAGUUCACCAUGCUGAUGUUCGGCGGGAUCCACUUGCUGCUGCGCAGCACGCGAUUGAUGACUUGCUCUGGCUUAGAAGAGAGGUCUGGGGCGAUACCCCGGCAGAGAAUGCGUUCAAUACAUCCACUGUGCGUGGUGUUGCCAAGUUGGGCUUCAGCUGGCAGGGCGAUGAUGUGAUCCCCUUUGCAGGCGUGGAGAACCUGGGUCGCGUGCUGUGCAGACUGGCAGGCCAAAACAACGAGCAGUUAACCUGUGUCGCAGCUUGUCUGUGCAUUAUGUACAAGUACUACGAGGACAAUUUGCAUCGUACAUACAAGAUUCAGGGGUGGCGUGUUUCUGACCAAAGUUCUCAUGCAUUCCUGAGUUUCCUGGCAUGCGCUGCGCAUGCACCGUGA